AUGACCUCCUCCAGCAAUCAAAGUGGCACCAGCUGCAAGACCGCGGGCGAUGACCCUCAGGAUCCUAUCCUUGCUUCCAUACGCACCAUGGAAGCCAUCAGAGACUUUGCUACCGACAUCAUCCCUCUUCGCCCGGAUGGAGCCAACAUACACGAGUGGGUCGGCGAGAUCGACAAAACCCUCUCGGACUUGGUCGAUCGCGAGAAAUACCUCCAGGGAACCCCCGUCGCCCCUUACAGCAAGGCCGAAGAUAAAAUAGCGCGUAACUUGAUAUACUGGACCAUCCCACGCGAGCUACGAUCUUGCAUCAAUGAUGCCACCUCUGCUCAUGACGCGUACAACGCCCUCAAAGCACAGUUCCUACGCAACAAUCGUACAUCUCAUAUGGCAGCCCUAGUCGAUUUGUUCAACGUCCACGCGGAAAUCAGCGAGCCUCAUCACCUCACCACGCUUUACGACCGAAUGUACAAGGGCGUAAACGAAUUAGUGGCCAGCGGAUUCGUUAUCAACGAAGACACGUUGUUGGGAGCAUUAUUCCAAAUUGCGGUCGGACGGGGAAACAGUCAACUCUACGCCGCCACUAGCCAGUGCCUUGAUACCCUAGCUCCCAGCGAUAGACCCGUCACCUCGCGUGAAGUAGCCGCUGCCGCCAGAAUCCAAUUCGAGCAUUUAAGAAACACAGUCUUUGACGAAGAUCCCAUCACCACCCAUCCGCCGAGCGAAGUGGCCGAAUCGCUUCAGGCUCCCGUCACUGAAGAAGGCGAUGUCACCCACCCACCCAAUGACCCCAACCUCUCUACAAAUGUUUCCGGUAUGGCACACGCCGCACGACAGUCAGCUGAGCAACCACACCCAGCAAACGUACCAGCAAAACGCCAGAAUCCGCCGGAGAAAUCACAAUUGCAUCGUGAAAGUGGUUUGUCAAGCACUCGAGCAGACCAACCUGUCGCAUCUAAGGAGUCUUCCUCUUCGGCUCCCAAAGAAUCUGCCGCCCCACCCGUCAUUCCAGCUACUCAACCAAUAAAAACCUCCGAUCAAGUCAACGUGCCAGUCAAGUCCGCCGCCCAAGCCACUCAAGCCACUCAGCCAAUCAACACCACCGCUCAAUUGCAGCCUUCUCUACUCGACAAUGGCCCUACCAGCACUACCAGCGGUUCUGGAAAGGCACGCGCCAUAUCUCCCGCCCCAGCCAGUCGCUCAGGCUCUCCAAAGCCACCCACGACUACCAACACGGCUCCAGCUGGUCUGUUCGGCGCGACUCCGGCCACUAGUAGCCCAUUAGUCACCAACAUCACUCCGGCAUCAAGCUCGACGACGUCCACUCCCACUCUAUUUGGGAAAACUGUCCCAACCGCCGCUGCCACCAGUCUGUUCGGCAAGUCUGCCUCGACGGCCACCCCGCCAACCCCGGGUCUCUUUGGAUCCCAGAGCAGUGCUCAAUCUAACUCGAACAAGCCAACCAUCUUCGGUGGCGGCUCGCUUUUCGGCAUCCCGAACCCGGCUGCUAGUGCUACACCGGCCGCCAAAUCUCCCGAGAAAAGCUCGACACCGUCCUUCAGCUUUGGAAGCCGCUAG